AGUGUGUUGGGGUGGUUCUCGAAAGCUUUGCGUUAAAACUCCAUAUUUGGAAAUAAGUGAUUUUUGUCUCAUGUGUGUCGUAAUGAAGCCACCGGAAUGAAGCAUGCACUGUUUCACCUAAGAUCGUGAGAAGGAAAUUCUUACAGGUGAUGGGAACAUUGUGAAUAUUUUUUGGCCUUGCCUUUCUGAUUUGGAACCUUUGAUGAUCAUCGAAAUGGUAAGAAUGGCGUAAGGAAGCUGUUACGAAUGAAUUGCACCUAGAAUCUGUUGUAUAUUAUAAAGGCAUGGAUUUAAAGUGAUAUCAGUGACAUGUAAUUAGCACUAUUUACAACUAGACGACACCGUUACUUUGUGAGGGACAACAUCUCGUAUCCUUUUCUGCAUGAAAAUAGCUGCUCCUUUAAAAAUACAUUCGACCAAGACACUUACGUUCGACAAUCGAACGUUCCUGAUCGACUUUCGACGAUGACGUCGUCUGGGGAAGAGCUACCAUCGGAGGAGAUGGAGGAUGACCUCCCUCCCCUCCUUCAGGCUGCGAGAAAUGCCGACGUCACAACCUUCAAGAAAAUGCUCGAAGAUGGCGAGGAUGUCCUGCAAAAAGAUGAGGAUGAUCGGACAGUAUUACAUUGGGCCGCUCAGAGCGGAUGCGUGCCUAUCAUCAUGGCGGGGGUUGCCAGAGGUCUCAUCUGGCAUGUUAAUGCUAAGAGCAAGCGUGGUUUGACACCCCUGCACGAGGCUUGCUUGGCUGGUUAUGUGCGUACAGUGCAUGUCUUGAUGUCGAUAGGAGCAGAUACGGAGGCACAAACUGAGGAGGGAUAUACUCCAUUACUCUGUGCUGCUGGUAAUGGUCAUAAUGAUAUCACACGUAUCCUAGUAGGAGGUGGAUGUGACCCAAACAAAAACUUACCGAUGAUUGGUGUAAAUGCUCUUCACAUCGCUGCAUGGACGAAUCAACCCGAUGUCCUCGCCGAUCUCCUUAUCAUGGGAGGGGAUAUCAACAAGAAAAGCUUGACGCGUAAAACAGCCAUGGAAUUUGCACGUGAGCAGAAUCACACCGACUGCGUGAAUAUUCUCCAGAAACAUGAACAAAAAUUGCAGCAGCAUUUCAAAACGCAGUUGAGCGAGCAGGAGAGUUUCUUCCGUACCAAACUUAACCUCCUAGCCGAUAAGAUCCAUAAGUAUUACGAUGAUCGACUUAAGCAAGAGAUAGAAUACUUUGAACAGCAGUUACAAGAACAACACGACAAGGACGCUGAAAUCAUCCUUAAAUUGAAGUCGCGCAUUGAUCAUUUGCUAAAAACUGAACUUGAUGAUGUAGACGAGGAUGACCACGAUGACGCCGUCGAAGAUGAUAAAAUGGAAAGCAAAGCGCAUGUAGGCGAGGAGAAAACUUCGCUGCAUCCGGAUAGAGUAAAUGGACAUAAUUCUAAAAUGUCUUUAAGGAGACGAAGGCGAAGCAGCCAGUUUGCUCAUCGGCCCAGAAUGUUCAGCAUCACUACGCCGCACGCACCCACUGAGCACGAGUCUUCGGAUGACGAGCACGCCCACGGCAUACGACGUCGAUAUGAUAGACAGAUAAGCGUAGACGGACAUCGUCAACCGAGGCGACCAGGGGGUAGACGACCGGGGAGCGGGCGGAUCGGAAGCGGAAAGAACAAGUCCAUGACGGAGUUGGUAGAUGAUGUCAGCAAAAAACCGUCCAGCGUGAAUUUUGUCAAACGACAGGGUAGCGUGAUGGAAGAGCAUAACGGUACAGAAUCAAAUCACAUGGCAUCACAAGUGCAUCUACCGGGUGUGCCAACCAUACGGCUUCUCCAACCUUCGAAGCCCACUCAACCGCGUUCGUCAACGCCUACGCGUACGAGGUCGACCACUCCUUCACAUGUGAUGUCAAUAACUCCAUCCGUCUCAUCCCUCUCCCCAUCACCACCUCCGCCUUCUCCUAUAAGCCCUUCUACAAACACAGGUUCCAUGAGCCCUACCCCAUCAAAUGUAUCUACCUCAGAUUCUGUCUUCCUGGACAGUAAUGAAAACCAACUGACAGCCUCUUCCAAGCCAAAGUCAAGACGGAGUAGCAUCGCUGCUUUUCUGCGACCUCACUUUAAGUCAAGCUCGAGCGUCGUGGAAGAGGAAAAAUCUCGACGCAGGAGUGUGGAGACGAAGAUACCCGAUGCCAAGUCAACGGCACCGGCACCAUCACCUCGCAAGCCUCGUAAGAAAGGCUUCUCGUUGUUCUCUAUACCUUUACCGGGUAUCCCCCAAGGAAUGAUUGAAGAUGAUUCUCUUGAAGAUAUUGAUAUGGAUCAGACAGGAUCAUGAGGCGUAUCCGCACCUCCCCAAUCAGGAAAACAAAGACUUUGUUCUGGGGGCCCAUUUCAUAAAGCCUUACAAACCAUUACAACUAUCAUGAAAGCCUUGAUAGUGAUUGGAUGCUCAGUCUUGUUACAAUGGUAGUUACCAUGGCAAAGUUACAGUAGUUGCAACUCUUGCUCUUUGUGAAACGGGCCCCAAAUGUUAAAAUUUUAAAAUACCUACUGUUUGUGCGUUCAUACCUGCUUGAACCAUAUACAAUUCUUGUGAGCCUGUGACAAGGCUUUCAGGUUCCUAUAGAAAAGGAUGGUCAUUUUUCAUGCCUCGCGUCUCGUUAUUUCUGCUUUCAUUCUGCAAAAUACCCAUGUGACAAGUUUAUAAAUUCGUUUUUAGAAUCUAAAUUGCAGGUAUUUUCUAUUGGGGAUAUUGCUAAUACUUUGCUUUGAAACUUGCAAUUAUAAAUGCAACUCAUGGUGAGUUAAACAUAAACUUAAAAUGCCAUAUAAAAACAAGUUAGGUUACGCACAAGGCGAAGACAUCUAUUGUCUCUUUUUUUUUUUGAUGCUUAUGAAUCACAUCAUUUUAAUAUAUACUUUACCUAUUUGAUAAAUGCUUGUUCAUUUUUUUUCCCAUUCACUUAUAUCACAAAAUGGAUGCCUUCAACAUGUCUGUUUCAGUCCUGAAGUUGUCUUCAACCAUCACACCUAAGGUAGAGCUAAGGGUAUUUAUGCAUCAAUGCAACAAAUUAAUGUGGUCUUAAGGUGUUUUUGUACAAAAAUGAAGAUAUGAUCUUAGUCUUUCUCUCUCUCACGCACAUAUAUACCUUUCUUUUCUUCCUUGCCAUCUCACACCUUUCUUUCUCUUUUCACCAUUCUACCUCACAGGGCAGUUUCACAAAGAUAAGUGAUCAAUUACAAUUCAAAAUAACAAAUCUUGAUUGUUUUUUAAUAAUCAAGUUUGUUUAAAAAUCAGUGAACAAUUGGGCAUGUUAAAAUGAUCUUGUUUAUCCAUUCAGCAAUUGAUACAAACUAUUGUGUUGAAAUAUCCAGGGACCGUUUCAAUCAUGAUGGUUGUAAUCACUUAAAUGUUUUCAUUUAAAAUUUCAAAAAUACUUUUUUUCAUUGACAGUGAAGCACAGUAACUCUCAAACAGUAUCUGUGACAGUUUUAUGAAUAUUGUCAACACGGACAGUUUUUCCAUUCCCUGACAAAUACCAUACUAGCAGUCAGCGACCAGGGAAAGAAUUCACCAAUAUUGAUAAAGAAUGGCAGUUUGUCAGUAAUGAUAAAUUACAAGUGUCCAAUGUUUUCCCUUUUUCAUCUAUAUGUCUUCCUUAUUAAAGAUAGUUUGAAUGUAUGUCGAUAUGAAUUCACCAUCUAUAAGUCCUAUUUAUUCAUUGUUAUAAACCUGUACAAACAGGACUGAGAUAUAGUUCUCAUCACACAUAUACCUCGUUAAACCAGUACCCCAGUAGUCUUUUGAGUAAAAACUUUGGGAAGCCGUGGCAAAUCACUGAAUGAAACAUUGAAAUGCCGUCUUCAGAGUAUGGUUUGGUACUUCCUUUCUAUUCUCAGGCCAUUAUACAGUGGAAAAAAAGGUAUUCAUGUACAAUUCUCAUAAGUUUUCAGUUUUAUUACAAAAUGUUCUGAAUAUAUACAUAUUAUACAUAAAUGCAUGUAUUUACAUUGUUGGUGAAGUAUGGUAUCUCAAAAGAAAUAAAUUAUAUAACAUCAAAGACAA